AAGGUUGUGGCUCUGAGAUAAGGAACUGAAGAGUCUUUUUAUUGAGAGAGGUCCCACUCUUUUGAGCAGUUACUUUGGGAAGGUUGGUGGGAGAGAUUCUGGGAUAUAUCCAGUUAGGAAGCAAUAAGAGGAAAGCAGGCACAACUGGUUUGCCAGGUUCUCAAACCUUCUGUUGAGCUGAGAACCACAUGCUCUGUGGAAAAUGUCUACAGUGAAGAACCCUCAGACUUUUGAAGAGCAAACAGAAUGCAUCAUGAAUACUCUACUGGUAGACUUCUUGACCCCCAAAUUUCAGUGUUCUAAUAGGAACCUACCGGAUGCAGAUGAACCACAUUCAGGAGAGCCUUGCUCUUUUGAUGUGGCUAUUAUUGCUGGCCGCCUUAGAAUGCUGGGUGACGAGUUCAAUGGAGAGUUGGAAGCUUCUGCCAAUAAUGUCAUUUCGAAAAUCACUCAAGGACAGGGAGGAGCUGUAGUCAAGGACACAGUAGAGUCUCUCAGCAGUUUCUGGUGUGCUAAGGAUCCCACCUUAGCUUUCGAAAGAGCCUUUCUGGGAGCGACCGUGAAACUUCUUCAGUAUGUGGCUUGUAGGGCUCCUCGUCAAGUGGCAAGACAGGUGGCUAGCUGCAUGACAAGCAUGAUCAAUGGGAACACAGCCGUCCGAGAGUUCAUCCAGAACCAGGGCGGAUGGGAAAACCUGGAGAGCUGAAGAAGUGGGAUUGUCCCCAAACUGUACAUCACUUGCUCUGACAGAUGGGGGUGACUGAUUUUGACAAUUAAAACAUGCUUUCUUCAAUUUA